AAACCCAUAAAACCCAACACCCAAAAACCAUUCCAUUUCUUGCUGUUCCUAAACGCAAGAAAAAAAACCUAGCCACCCCCAAGAACCUCAAAAUCUCAUACACGACCAAUCUUCAAUCCUAGUUCGAUUUCGACGAGAAUCUUGCCAUCUUUCUAACCUUAAACGACAAAGCUCUAUUCUUUCAUCUUUCUUCGCAGAUUUUGAGAUUCGGUCACUGUAGCUUCUCUACUCAUCCACUUUCAAAUCCACUAAUUGUUUUUAUUGGAAGCAGCACUGCCAAAAUGUCGCGGAAGGGGUUGAUGGAACAAGACCUGAGUAAGUUGGAUGUGACAAAGCUGCAUCCUCUUUCUCCUGAAGUCAUUUCUCGCCAGGCUACUAUCAAUAUUGGCACCAUUGGUCAUGUGGCACAUGGAAAGUCAACUGUUGUGAAAGCAAUAUCAGGUGUUCAGACUGUUCGUUUUAAAAAUGAGUUGGAGCGUAACAUUACAAUCAAGCUUGGUUAUGCGAAUGCAAAAAUAUACAAGUGUGAAGAUGAACGGUGUCCAAGGCCUAUGUCCUACAAGGCUUAUGGAAGUGGAAAGGAAGAUAAUCCUAUGUGUGACGUACUAGGGUUUGAAAAUGCCAAGAUGAAAUUGCUUAGACAUGUUUCUUUUGUUGAUUGCCCAGGACAUGAUAUUCUCAUGGCUACUAUGCUUAAUGGAGCAGCAAUCAUGGACGGUGCAUUGCUACUCAUUGCUGCUAAUGAAAGCUGCCCGCAACCACAAACUUCUGAGCAUUUAGCUGCUGUGGAAAUUAUGCGUCUGCAACACAUAAUUAUCCUUCAGAACAAGGUAGACUUGAUUCAAGAAAAUGUGGCAAUCAACCAGCAUGAAGCAAUUCAGAAGUUUAUUCAAGGAACUGUUGCUGAUAGUGCACCAGUAGUACCAAUUUCCGCACAAUUGAAGUAUAAUAUUGACGUUGUGUGUGAGUACAUCGUGAAAAAGAUCCCAAUCCCUGAACGGAACUUCAUUUCUCCACCUAAUAUGAUAGUGAUUCGGUCAUUUGAUGUCAAUAAACCUGGUUAUGAGGUUGAUGAAAUAAAAGGAGGUGUAGCUGGUGGAAGCAUUCUGAGGGGUGUUUUAAAGGUUAACCAAUUCAUUGAAGUUCGACCUGGAAUAGUUGUUAAAGACGAGAGUGGAAACAUCCGAUGCACACCCAUCUAUUCCAGAAUAGUUUCAUUAUAUGCUGAACAAAAUGAGCUUCAGUUUGCAGUUCCUGGUGGCCUAAUUGGUGUUGGAACAACAAUGGAUCCCACUUUGACUCGUGCUGACAGGUUGGUAGGUCAAGUUCUCGGAGAGGUUGGAUCACUUCCCGAAGUUUACGUGGAACUUGAGGUUAACUUUUUCUUGCUUCGACGGCUUCUUGGUGUCCGGACAAAAGGUUCGGAGAGACAAGGAAAAGUUGCAAAGCUUGUGAAAGGAGAGAUGCUUAUGUUGAACAUAGGAUCUAUGUCAACGGGUGCCAAAGUGGUUGCUGUGAAGAACGAUUUGGCAAAAUUGCAACUUACUUCCCCUGUGUGCACAAGCAAGGGUGAGAAGAUUGCUCUAAGUAGACGUGUCGAGAAGCAUUGGCGUCUUAUCGGCUGGGGCCAAAUCCAAGCUGGAAUCACCCUUGAAGUCCCUCCUGCCCCCAUUCUGAGUUGAAAGAAAGACAGAUUAAGAGACAGACUACAGGACUACAGCCUUUUUAUAAAAACGUGAGAUGAGUUUAGGUAUGUUGGAAGAGAGAAAACUGUUGGGAACCAUUUUUGUGAGAUGGAGAAGAUUGUCAAUUUUUUGUUUUCACAUUGUUUUUGGUUACCUAUUGUUGAAAUUGUAUCUUAUGCUGAUUGAGUUUAGAAUGCGAGUAAGUGUCUCAGUCCUCACUUUUUUUCAUUCAAUUGUCACCUUAGUAAUAAUUGAUUAUUUCAUAAUUCAUACUGUAAACAUGUCCAAGCAAUGGUUGAAAAUUUUUAGACUGGUACACUGUCUAGUCCUUGUUAUUCCUAUGCUCUUCUCAUAACAUAUUCCUUAAUUUUGGAGUCCAAUGCUAUGUGGUGCUAUCCGGGACAUAAACAACAUAGGAAACAAUAAACAUGGUGUCCGUUUGGGAAAACCAGAGUUGUGACAUGCAAUCUGUUUAGGAAAUUCAAUUCGGGUAGCAUACCACAAGUCACCAAUAUCAUAUUAUAUUGAUGCACAAUUUGACAUGUUAAGGUAAAAAUAUGAUUGAUAAAAAAUUAUAUUACAACGACUAAUUACAAACAUAAAGUCACUACAGAACAAUACAUGAUAAAGCAUAGACUACAAAGUAUACAAGAGAAACAAAUAAUGGAGAAAUAAAUACAUAAUGUCCAAAGAGAUAAAAAUCCUUAUUACAAACUAGAAAGAA